AUGCGUAAGUACCAGCAGCUGGCCCUGGUGCUCCUAUCGAUAACGUGCGUCGUGAUACUGUUGGUGUACAAAAGCGAAAAUAAUCGACUAAAGUAUGUGCUCGAGGUGGUCAACAUUUUCGGCCGCAAUGAUGCGGCCAGUUUAAUACGCAUCGAUAACAGUAGCCGGUUACAUAGCUCGCCGUACGAUUUCGACAGUCCGCUACCGGCGUGGCAGCGGCUCGGCGAUGGUUUCUACGUGUAUUCCUCGUUCUGGCAGAAAAACGAACUCGCAGCGGGCGGAACGGUCAUCAGUAUAGCGGUCGGGCUCGAACAUGCCGCAGUCAACUUCAAAUGUCAAAUACAGCACGGCACGGGGGAUGUCGCUACAGGGAAACUCCACUUUGUGCGUCUGGAACAUCCGACCGGUUCGGUCAAAGCACCCAAUGGUGAGGUGUUUGUGGUGUACAAGUUGCUAUGCAAGGUAGCGAGAGAUUUCGGACAUCCAACGGAAAUCAUAUUUACCGACACAACGCAAUCCAGCAAACGGUACAUCCCGCUACGGGUACUGGAGAGCCGAUCGGUACAACAAAGGAUGACUAUGACGGCGUGUGUUGAUAUGAGCGACUAUCUGGAGUUGGAGGAAGAGUUCCGAAUGCCUGCUGCUGUGCUGCAGUACUUUUUGCACCACCAAAUAGUCGGCGUGGAAGAUUUCAUCGUUUACAAUAGCAACGCGUUAAACGGAGCAACCACAUCGCUGCUGUACAGUCACGGUAUCAAGAUCAAUCUUUUGCCAUACAAUUUCCCCUUCGAUGUGGCAAACAAGCAGCAGAACCGGUUGCUCAUCGAAAUGGACUGUCUGAUGCGGAACUACAACGCGGCCAAGCUUACCUUCGUCGGUGCCAUCAACGAGUAUCUGUACCCGAGUUCCCGACUACGCGUGAACAACAAAUUUCUCAAGUACGCUUGGAAGGUUUCUAGCGACGUGUCCCGCUUUGCCAUCGCAAGCCGAUCUGUGUGUAUCGACAAACGGAAGAAAAUCUUCUCCGACAACUUGCUGUAUGAUGUGGACGCUCAUCUGAACGCACCGAACGAGCGGCCGUUCCAUGUGUACAAGCCGCAGGAUUACAACCGUACAGCCGGAACGCCGGAUUUCGUUAAAACGCUUGACGUCGAUCGAUCCAUGAUCUUUGUCCAUCGGUACGGGGGAAAAUGUAACAGCAAAACUAAUCUACACGACUGGACCACCAGCCUGCAGCCCGACUUUCUACAGUACUUGACGGAUGUGGGCCGAGAACUGAACAAACUUAUCUUCCGAUAA